UAUUCCUGUGGGAGGGCGAAGGGCAAUGUUGGCAGGAGUACGGAACUUUGGAUGACAAGAGCUAUUGUAGGUUUGACCAGAAAAAAGAAGGAGGCAUGGCUCAGAUGUCGUCCUCAGAGAAAACUGUUCAUAUCAAACCCACGCUGACAGAGGCCCAGGUUGUUGAGUUGGCUGAACGGUUGUAUGGUCUGAAGGUCUCCAAUGUCCAACCAAUGCCCGGUUACGAUGACCAGAACUUCCAUAUCCUGGUGUCUGAGAACCAGGCGACUAGAGAUCAUGGUCAGAGCUACGUCCUCAAAGUGAUGAACACGGUCGACAGUGAAGAUGCUGAUUUGACUGAAGCACAAACACGAGCCAUGAUGUUUUUGAGUGAAAAAGGAUUUCCUUCACCCACACCUAUCCCAACCAUUGAUGGCAAGGUUAUGUCUUUGGAGACUUUUGACUGUGGAGAACAAUCUAAGACCCACAUAGUGCGGUUAUUGACCUACCUCCCUGGAAUUCCAUUGUCUGAAAUGCCUAUAGGUCCUCAGAUCUUGUACAAAACUGGUCAAACCCUCGCUCGAAUGAACCAGGUGCUUGCAGAAUUCCAACAUCCUAUCCUGAAGAGUCUGCAACGGCCAGAUUUCCUCUGGAAGCUCUCAAACAUUCACUUGCUGAACAAGUAUCUUUACGCACUGGGAGAGGGAAGCGACCGCCAAAUUGUGCAGCAAAUUAUUCAGCAAUUCCAGGAUCAGAUACUUCCAAAUCUCUGCAGGUUUCGUCAAAGCCUGAAUCAUGGGGACUUCAGUCACACCAACAUCCUAGUCCAGCCUGUUCACACAUCAGCUGACCGCUCUGACCUGACUGAGCUGCAGCAGCAGCUGGAUAUCUCUGGCUUACUGGACUUCAGUGACAUGAAUUAUGGAUAUUAUGUCUUUGAUGUGGCCAUAUCCAUAAUGUAUCUGAUGCUGGGGAGUAACGAUCCCGUCAGCGCUGGGGGCCAUGUCCUCUCAGGCUUUGAGAGUGUAAUCCCUUUACUCCCUGAGGAGCGCAACGCCAUGUUUCUGUUGGUUCUUUGCAGGUUUUCUCAGUCGCUGGUUUUGGGGAGAUACAAUGCUCUGCUUUACCCUGAAAAUGCAGAGUAUCUUCUGAGCACUGGGAGAGCCGGCUGGAAGUGUCUGCGCCAAUUGUGGUCGCUGGGGCAAGAGGCAGUGGGAAAGAUUUGGUUUGAGACGGCAAGUCCGACUGCAUUUGAUGCAGACCCUGUUUCAGUGUAGUCCCAGGCACACUGGCUUCCAGGAGAACAAGAACCCCUGUACAGGGAAAAUUAUUAGAAUAAGUUCAACCAGAGCCUGAAAUUGAUUGUAUUAAUGUUUUGAGUUCCUAAUUAUUAAGGUAUGGCAAACUUUGUUUUAAUCAACACCUUAUUUUUUAGUUUUUGUUUUACUCAUUCGUGGGAUAUGCAUGUCGCUGGCUGGGCCAACAUUUCUUACCCAUCCCUAGUUGCCCUUGAGAAGGUGGUGGUGAGCUGCCUUCUUGAACUACUUCAGUCCACCUGCUAUGGGUUGACCCACAAUACCAUUAGGGAGGAAAUUCUAAGACUUUGACCCAGCAACAGUGAAAGAACAAUGAUAUAUUUCCAAGUCAGGAUGGUGACUGGCAUGGAGGGGUACUUGAAGGUAGUGUAUUCCCAUAUAUCAGAUGCCAGAUGGAAAUGAUUGUGGGUUUGGAAGGUGCUGUCUGAGGACCUUUGUUGAAUUUCUUGUAAAUAGUACACACUGCUGCUACUGAGCGUCGGUAGUGGACUGAGUGGAUGUAUGUGGAUAUAGUGCCAAUCAUUCCCAUGAACCAGCACUCGAAUAAACUGGCAAAAAAUAUGUACCUCAAAUACUGUGAAGUUUACCAUAUUAUCAUGAUAUCUGAGUUAUCAGCUGAGAGUUUAGUAAGUUUUAUUCAAGGCAAAGUUGCAUUAUUAUGUUAGUGAUUUAUGUUGUAAGUAAAGUACAACAGUGAUCUGUAUUCCCCCUGCAAUACACUUCUACUACUUGAUGUGUGUUUUUACAUUUACGAUGUGAAUCCCUUGAUCAACGGGAAUAUUUUAUCAACCAGCAUAUUCCUGGUCCCAUGGGUGCCAGUUAAUAAAAUGUUUGCUGUAUAUUUUGUAAAAGAAAAGUUGUUAAUGUGGUGUGAAUGUUGUUGGCUGGACCAGAAUUUAUUGCCCACCCUGAUAAGCUGGAAGAAGGUGAUUCAGGACUUCUACAAUGCCAUUAGAGAGGCAACUUUGACCCAGUGACACCGAGGGAACAGCAACAUGCUUCCUAGUUGGAAUGGUGAGUGGUUUGGAGGGGGAAUCUGCAGGUGUUGUUGUUCCAAUAGAUCUGCUGCCCUGGUCUUUCUCUGUGAAAGUGAUUGUGGUUUUAGGAGGUACCAUCCAAGGAAUUGGUGACUUGCUGCAGUGGACGGUACAUACUGCUGAGAGUGAGCAUCAGUGGUGGAGGGAGCAGAUGCUUGUGAAUGUGGUGGCAAUCAAGUGGGCUACUUUGUCCUGUAUUGUCCUGUCUUCUUGAGUAUUGUUGAAGCUGUGCUUAUCCAGGUAAGUGAGGAGGUACUUCAUCAGAUUCCUGACUUGUGUCUUGUCAAUGGUAGACAGGCUUCAGAGAGUCAGGAGAUAAGUUACCAACUGCAAGAUUCUCAGCCUCUGUCCUAUUCUUAUCCUCCAAACAGUAGAGAAAGAUACUCAACACUUAUGGCACUGUCUGACAUCCUAGUAGAUGUCACAAUUUCACAUGUGCCAAAACAUGAACCAGCUCA